UUGUUACCUUAAUAAUAAGAAUAAUAAGAAUAAUAAUAAUAAUAAAAACAGUUUCCAUCAUUCUUGAUGAACUCAAAUAACGUUUUGAUUCUUUGAAUCUUGGACUAGAAUUGCGUCAAAAUCCAAUUUUCUCGGAUACCCACUUUCUUUUACUUCAUUUACUGUAGUGGGUAUCCCUGAUUUUAUUGAAUUAUUAACUUUUUAAUCUAGAACAAAAUUCUGGUUGAUUUUGUGUUCAUUUAAUUCUGAGUUUGUGGUUGUGGUGGUGGAGAUGGUGGUAGCGUUGUCGGUGGUGGGUUCGGCGGUGGUGGACUCACAUACAGGGCCGUGUCUGUGCGUGGAGGCGGCGGCGUUGCCGAAGAAUGGAGGAGAGCUGACGUUGCAGAGGAGUUCAGCGAAGAGGAAGCAGGUAAAGAGGGGAGUGGAAUUGGGGAGCUCUUUUGUGGAUUCAUGGCAGGAUUGGCGGGUUUCUUCGAAGAUGAUUUGGAAUAAUUGUUCAAGAAAAAUGAAACAGCAGAGAAGACAUGGAAGAUUUGUGAUUGUUAAUGAACUUGCUGGACAGUAUGAAGAUAGCUUUGAAGAUGUUAAAAUGCAAAUCCUUAACUAUUUCACAUAUAAAGCAGUCAGGACUGUCAUGAACCAGCUCUAUGAGAUGAAUCCAACACAGUAUAGGUGGUUUUAUGAUUUUGUUGUAUCAAAUAAACCUGGAGAUGGCAAACGUUUCCUCCGAACUCUUGUAAAGGAGAAGCAAGAUCUUGCAGAAAGAGUAAUGAUAACACGACUGCAUUUAUAUGGAAAAUGGGUUAAGAAAUGUGAUCAUGCUGAAAUCUACAAAGAGAUAUCCGAUGAGAACCUGGAGUUGAUGCGCGAACGCCUGUUCGAGACGGUGAUAUGGCCUUCAGAUGAUACGAACACAGAGAAGAUUGGCUGAGGAGCAGCAAAGGUGGCGGAUUCAAUCUGCCUUGAUGUUCUCUCCGGUUUUCCAGUGUGUUCUUUCUUAGUCUUAGACUAGUUAUAACUUUGCUUUGUUAUCCUCCGAUUUGGUUUGGCUCAAUAACUGUGAUUUAUAUUAUUUUUUUAGCAAGUAAUAAAAUUUAUACUGUAAAAUUGUAUAUAAUAUGAAUACCACUCAUCACUUUAGAUAGUUUGAAUUGAAGGCUCUGAAA